UACAUCUCUCUUUCUAAGGAAGAGAGCAGGUUUCAGGCUCAGAACUUUCACCAAGUAACAUAUUUUAGUGUAUCAUUUUGAUUCUGUUGUAUUUAUGUUCAUUCUCACCUUCAAAAAGUCUAUUUAAAGAAAAAUAUAAAGUCCAGAGAGAUAUGGCAGUUGUGACAGAAGGUGGAAGGUGGUGUGAGAAUGCCUAUUUGGGGGAGCACUUGCUCCUCAAGGGAAGAAUUAAGGAGUAAAGAUAACAGCCAGACAACCAUGAGAGUAAAGCUUUAGCUUUCUUCUCUUUUUUUAACCUAGGAUUGAGGGAGGGCUGGAAAAACUUUUCCACGUGCUAAUUUUUCUUUCUUCUGUUUGAGGAGUCACAUGGUAAGGUAUUAGGAGUCAGUCUGGCUUAGUGAACCCUGUUCCAGACAUGUAACAGAUUUAUCAUUAUACAGCCAUCUAUCUGCAUUGGCACUGGCAAUGGAAAGUGGGUUAAAAUUGUUAUCUUUAAAACCAAGAAGAACAAUUUGUAUGCCCCAACCAGCUACUAUCAAGUCGAUUCUGACUCUGGCAAUCCCACAAAGUUUCCAAGGCUGUAAAUCUCUACAGAAGCAGACUGCCACAUCUUUCUCCUGUGGAGCUGCUGGUGGUUUCGAACUGCUGACCUUUUGGUUAGCUGUCAAUCGUUUUAACCACUGAGACACCAGGGCUCCUUAAUUUGUAUGCAGAGGACCCUAAUCUGAUAUCUUAAUUCUUUGAAACAACUAAAUUCACCUGUUUAUAAGUGAAUUUUAACUAUAUCUCAAGUUAUCCACUUUUUUUUUUCCUGGCAGUGCCUCAAGAAUCAAAGAAACGCCUAUUUAAACUUCUUUACACAGUGGUAUAAAAGUUCUAAAGCCACUGAAUUCUGAGUAGUUACAGCUCACUAAAUGGUAAUUCUUUUUUUUUUUUUUCCCAAGGACAGCACAAUUAGAUUUUGGUAAGAUUGAGAUUUCAGUGUCUUUUGGUGCAUUUGUCAAGACAGAUUCACCAGUAGUUUGCAAGUGUUCAUGAACAAAUCAGGUUAGCAAUACAUUGAUACCAGCACAAAUAGAUUGGGCUCAUCACUGCAUAGACAAAACAGUCAGGAGAUUGGGUUGGUGUUGUAAGCACAAGUGGCAUGAUAUAAUGAAGUUGUAUUCCAUUAAGCUCUUGUGUACAGGGGAGCAAAAUGUCAUCACCUGAAUGUGGCUGCAUUUCUGUGAUACAACCUCAUCUGUUCCGUCAACUAGUUUUGCUCUGAUCAAUAAGCAGUUUUCUGUGGCCUUUCACUGCUGUCAGAUGUCAUUGAGUGAUGUAAACGCACGUCAGAAACUAGAAACUUGACAGCUCGCCCAGACAGCUCACCCAGAGUGGGAAGGGAGAGAGGAGAGGGAAAUCGCAGCCACGGACAUGGUUGACAGCUGACAUCUCCUCGGGGUAACUGAUUGGGUACUGUAGCAGCCGGCACUUUUUCCAUAUAAAUACAAAGGAAGAUGAUCCUGUUAUGUGUAAUACACAGAGCAGAUGUUUUAAAAUAAUUUAAGGGAAAAAUUAUUAUUGUAAACUGUAACAUAUUGAUUGUGUAGAUUGUUUAUAUAGAAUGUACAAAAAACAGUUACUGUUCGUAUUUGACUAAGAACAACAAAGGAAAUGAAAAAUGUUAUAGUUCUACCCAUUUUCUCUAUUAUCUCCUGCCAAAACUAAUUUAAAAAGUUUGUGUCAGUCCAGAAAGAGGUGUAGCCAAAAAGACAGUUCCUGUAACAGUAUUCAUGCAAUAGAAUGCUAUGUAGCAAUAAAAGGAGGAAGAGGAAGCUCUUUAUGUCCCCAUAUGGGAAGAUUGCCAAGAUCCAUUGCUAAGUGAAAAAAGCAGGAGGUAGAGUGGUGUGUAAUGUGUGGUCUUUGUGUAGAAGGAAGGAAAUAAGACUGUUCACAUGGCAGAUAACAAGGCCGAAAGGAUCCCUGCGAGACUGUUAACAGUGAGUACCUGAAGAAGGGAGUGAACGGUGGCAGCUGGUUGAAGAGUUGGGGUUGUGAGGAAGACUUUUCACUGUGUUUAAGAUAGAAGUGCUAAUGAAUGGAAGAAAACAUUUUGUUGAAAAGAGGUACAGCGAAUUCCAUGCCUUGCACAAAAAGCUUAAGAAAUGUAUAAAAACUCCAGAAAUCCCUUCUAAACAUGUUAGAAACUGGGUCCCAAAAGUCUUGGAACAGCGACGACAAGGUUUGGAAACAUAUUUACAGGCUGUCAUUCUGGAAAAUGAAGAACUUCCCAAACUGUUUCUUGAUUUCCUAAAUGUACGACACUUGCCCUCUCUACCAAAGGCAGAGAGUUGUGGAUCUUUUGAUGAGACAGAAUCUGAGGAGUCAAGCAAACUGUCCCACCAGCCGGUGCUGCUGUUCCUCAGGGAUCCAUAUGUCUUGCCUGCAGCCAGCGAUUGUCCAAACGUGGUUAUUGAAGGAGUUCUCCAUGGAAUAUUUUACCCUCAUGUACAGCCCAGGUAGAAAUCCUACGUGGCUAAGAGAAGCUGAAGCAAGUUUUGAAGUCAUUGUCAAGGACAUUGAUAUCUACCAAAUUAACCUAAACUCUAUGACAUAACAGCUCUAGCUAGUGGUAAAAUGCACAGUCACAGCUUAAUUCAGGGCAGGGACAUUUCCAUUAGAAUGGUGCUUUUAAAAAAAAACUGAACCUGGAUGGUAGUCAGGUUAAGGCCAAGUGUUUAAGAAGUAGAAUGUAGCUGCCAGCUUAGAAACGUGUGAAAAAGAAGUUGCAGGACAUCCCUGGGAGCACUGAGUGUAACAAAACAGAGUUACUGUAUGCUCCAGUAGCACCAUUUGCUAAUUGAAAAUCAUAUCCUGACUCAUACUAAGACUGAUCAACUUUUUUGUUCAGAUUUUAUGACACACUAAUCUUUUCACUGUGAGAUUUUCUCAGCCAUUGAUGGGUACAUUCUGAAGUGCUGGCACCAGGCAAGUGUCACAGAAGCACACUGCUAAAUGUGAGGAAGGAACUAAACUGGAAAUUAAAUUAUACUAACAAUAUCAUAGCGUUUUAGAAAUCAUGAUUUUUUGUUUACAGUAGAGUUGCAUCAUACCCAGGGGUUAGUUUCUCCAUCAGCCCAUAAGAUAAAAUGGGGUCUUAUCAAGAUUAUCUUUGAAAGCGCUUUACGAAGGCCCCAUAUUGGAAAUCUGUACAUCCACCACAACCAGUUUUUUUUCUCCAGUGUUGCAAGAAAUGACUGUUUCUUCAGCUGAAGACCAAAUGAAGUUGUUGGUGUUUGUUCAGGGGCCAUUUUAUAUAAGAAACACAUACCUUUAAACACUAGACUCAAACUCAGCCCACAAAAUGCUUGCCCUCUGAGAAGCAAAAGUGAACUGACGGUGAGGGAAUGCCAGAUUGACAACACUCAUCUUGGUUUACAUUCACUGAGUAGGUGGUAUUGCCACAGCAUUAAAUGUUAUUUCCUUUUCACUUACCUCAUAUAUCGGAUCACUAUAAGUUAAAGUAUUUAUAAUAAAGAACAUUGAAGAAGAAUUGAUGCAUUUGAAUUAUGGUGUUGACGAAGAAUAGUGAAUAUACCAUGAACUGCCAAGAGAACAAACAAAUCUGUCUUGGAAGAAGUGUAGCCAGAAU